AUGCUUGAUGACAUUGAAUUUGCCAAAUCAGUUGAUCCAACUGUGGAGUUUGAUGGUUUAUUUGCAAGUUGUAAAGGUGUGGAAGAAAAACAAGUUGCAAGGCCAAAUAUUGACAAAGAGGUUCAAUUUUCUGAUGAAGGGACACCAUAUGGUAGUGAUGAAGAAGGGGUAGUAGAGAAAUUGCCACAGUUUAGGGCUAGUACUGACAUGGAAUACCCUGAAUUUAGUAUUGGUUUACAAUUUGCUUCUAAAGCUGAUUUUAAACAGGCCAUACUAAAUUAUGCUUUUAAGGCUGGGAAGGAUUUAAAAUUCUGCAAAAAUGAUAAUGUUAGGUGUGUAGUCAAUUGCAAACAAAAUGGAUGUCCUUGGACAAUCACUCUUAGGUUAGACCCUCAUUCUAAUACUUGGAGGAUUACAACCUUUAAUAAUUCCCAUGUUGAGUGUCCUUGGGUGAAACAAAACAAAAUGGUAAAGGCAACUACGUUGGCCAAAAGGUGGAAGAAUGAAAUAAAAGGCCAUUCUACAUGGACAACCAAGGAGUUUAGGGCCAAAGUGGCUAGUGAUGAGCAUUUCACUGUAACCAAGAGGCAAGGAAUAAAGGCCAUGAAGCUUGCUAGGGAUGCAAUUAAAGGAGACCUUGAAGAUUAUUUCAACAAGUUUUGGGGCUACUACCUUGAGAUACAAAGAACUAACCCAAACACAACUUCUAUAGUCAAAUCGAGUAAUCUGGUUGAAGAUGAAGGAAAAGAGAGGUUUAUUAGGUCGUAUAUAUGUUGGGAUGCAUGCAAACAGGGAUUUAAGCAUUGUAGGAAGAUUAUAGGAGUUGAUGGCUGCCAUCUUAAGUCCAAGUAUGGGGGACAGUUGCUCACUGCAACAACAUUAGAUCCUAAUGAUGGUAUUUUUCCAAUUGCUUAUGCAAUUGUUGAGGGAGAGAAUAAAGACUCUUGGAUUUGGUUUUUGCGAUUACUAAAAAAUGACUUGGAGAUUACUAAAGUUGGUGAGCAUUACCUGACCUUUGUUUCUGACAAACAAAAAGGAUUAGUUCCUGCAUUUCAUGAAGUUUUCCCAAAUUCCAGCCAUAGAUUUUGUGUCAGACAUUUGUGUGCAAAUAUGAAUGCUGCUGGUUUUAAUGGGAAAGCUAUUAAAGAUACAAUGUGGACUGCUGCUAGGGCUACAACAAUAAACCAGUAUACUACAGCUAUGAGAAAUCUGGAAAGAAUGGAUAUUGCUGCAUUUGAAUGGCUAACAGACAAACACCCUGAAUGGUCAAGAUCACAUUUCAAUGAGCAUGCUUUGUGUGAUAUGUUGGUGAAUAAUGUAUCUGAAUGCUUUAAUGCAAUGAUACUAGAUGCAAGGGAAAAUCCUUUACUAAACUGUCUUGAAAGCUUGAGGGAAUUAUUAAUGACAAGGUUAUUUGAGAAAAGGGAAGAAGCAUUGAAGUGGAAAGGGCCAAUUUGCCCAAAUAUAUUUAGAAAAUUAGUUGAAAUUGAGAAAGGUGUUGGGGGAUAUAUGCCUAUUCAGUGUGACUUAAUGUUACUUGAAGUGAAGGGGAUGUAUACAGAUGAACAUGAGAAAGUAAAUUUGGAAAGAAGAAUGUGUUCUUGCAGGAAGUGGGAUCUCACUGGAAUUCCUUGCAAACAUGCUAUUGCUGCCAUAUGGAUGAAAAAACAAAGCCCUAUUGACUAUGUUAAUGUAUGUUACAAGAAGGAAACAUACUUGGCAGUUUAUGGAAGAUGCAUACAUCCAAUGGCUGGUCCCAAUGGAUGGCCUGAAACACAAUUAGUGGCACCACUACCACCUAUCUACACUGCAAGAGCUGGAAGGCCUAAAAAACUAAGGAAAAAGGGAGCAGAUGAGAUUAAACAAAAACCAAAAGGUGCAAAUCAGCUUACAACAGAUGGGGUUCAUUUAUCAAGGACACAUGUGACUUUGCAUUGCACCAAGUGUAAACAAAAAGGCCAUAACAGCAGAAAAUGUCCUCUGAAUGGCAAUCGGCCAACCCCAUCAUCACAGCCUGCAAUGGAAGCACCAUCCCAGCCUAAUCCAGAAACUGCAUCAGAGAUUCCAGAAUAUCUUCCUGAAAAUCCAGCACAUGAGGUAGUAGUGUUUUACAUACAUUUAAUGUGCUUAUUACAUGUUGAAGAAGGACAUGAGGUGGUGAAUAAUCAAGAACUGCCAAUUUAACAACCUCCUCUCCCGACUGCCAAAAAACAGAAGACUCUUGGGUUGAGAAAACAAGUGAAGACAAAAUAGGUGAAGACAAAGCAAGCACCUACAAGAAAAUAAAAAACAAGGUCUACCAUGGGGUUCAAGAGCAAAUUUAAAGGGAAUUUCAGUGAACCUAUUGAAAUUGAAUGUAAUCUGGAUCUGGAUUGUUUUUGUUAUACUGAUUUGUUUUAGAAUGUUGCCGUGGUUACUUUUAGAAGGUUUUGUUUUUUGUUGACAGUAGUAGAGAGGAAAAAAAAAAACAAACUGUUGCCAUGGUUUUUUGUUGCCAGUGUUAGAAAACAUCAAACUGGUUGGCAACUUUAGCAUGAAAUUAUUUUUUGUUGCCAUGGUUUUUUGUUGCCAGUGUUAGAAAACA